AUGCAGGAGCACCACGUGUCCACUGAACGAGUGGAUGAGGGCCCUAACAAUGACAGUGAUGAUGACGAUGAGGAGGAGGUGAAGGGGGCUGAGAUCCAAGUCCCUAGGGCCUGCCUGCUCUUCCUGUUGGCACCGGGGUCCCUUGUGGGUGUGACCUGGAAGUCUGGUUCCAGGCUGGAUCGGUCUGCUCAGGUGACCGACGUGCCCCCAGGAGGGACAGCGUCUGGCACGGGACCCGAGAAUUACAAGGAAGGUGGUGCUGGUGCCAAGCAGGAGAAGGAACGGGUGGAGUUCUGGGACCACAGCAGGAACCAGCGCUGUCAACCCCUGGGCUCAGCAGCGCCCUCAUUCUCAGGCCGGCCGCUCUGCUCUGACCUGCGCAGGAAGGCCACCAACUGCCCCAGGCUGACCUCACGCCCCUCCCACUGCUGUAGCCUGACCUCACCCAGCCCCACCCCUUCUGGCAGAACCAGAGCUCCUCUUCUGGAGCGGCGGGCGCGGCGGGCGCGGCGGUGGCUGGGCAGUGUCGAGCCGGGCCAGAUGGACCCUGGGCGUCGCCACCCUGGAACAUGUGGAGUGGUGGAAGACACCGAUUGGCCAGGUCCCGGUCAUGUGACCAUACGCUCUAGAGCCCGUGUGAGCUGCUCCUGGUGGGUCAGCGGUGGAGAUAGCAGCAGCACACCGCACUCGAGCCCGGACCAGAGAGAAGGUUCUUGCCAGGGCUCUCCUGGCAUCUGUGACCCUCAGCGCUGCUCUUCCAGAUGUGGAAAGCCUCGGCAGGCCACACUGUGUCCAUCAACCGGGACGACGGGGGAGCCGACAACUGGGAGUACCGACCCUGAUUUCGUGAAUGACGUAAGUGAAAAAGAGCAGAGAUGGGGGGCCAAGGCCGUGCUAGGAUCUGGGCACCAGGAGCACAUCACUAUCCACAAGCUGUGGGAGAAUGUGUUUCAAGAACACCAGACCCUCAGGGAGAAAGAGCUGGAAAUGGGACCCAAAGCCUCUCCUGGCUACAGAGGGAAGUUUGGCGUGGAGCAGGACAGGAUGGACAAGUCAGCUGUCGGCCAUGAGUAUCAGUCAAAGCUCUCCAAGUGCUGCUUGCAGGUUGACUCCAUCUGGGGGUUUGGAGGCAAGUUUGGUGUCCAGUUGGACAGAGUGGACCAGAACAGUGACAAGUGUUUGGAAACGGCCUCAGUGCUAUCAGUGAGUGGUGAGGUGCAAUCUGUGGACACCCCACAAGGAACAGCCCUCCCCCUCCUUCCUGCCACCUUCAGCAGCCGCCGCCCCAGGACUGACUCGUCUGUGUGUGUGUUUCCAGUUUACCCGCACUAAUGCUACAGGUGAUUAUACAGCGUCCAGAAUACGACAAAGACGACAUUUUGAACUCGAUGCGAUCUUUAAUCUGUUUAAAGUUGUUGUAUGGCCCCUAAGGUAUUUUAUUACAGACUUUUUAAUUAGUGAAAAAUUCAUGAAUACCAUAGAGAAAAUGUUUUAAAAUUUAAUGUUUCUUCUAUUUAUGUAAACUUAUGAAUUCAUUUAUAUACUUUUUCUUGUAUAGCCAGGCUAUAAAUAUCCUUUCAGAUCAAUUCAUGUUCUGAUAUCUGAUUUUAGUCUUUCAAAUGAAUGUACUGUAAUGCUUGUCUGUAUAAAUCCUAUGAACAAAUAUAUGGCUUUUGUAAAUGAUGCAUUUAUUGUAAUUAUUCUUGUUUAAUUUUUAAAUGAUAAACCAUGAGAGAAGGGGUUUUCCUGCAAUUGUAAAAUCAUCAUGACACGGUGUGCAUUAUCCUUCCAGAAUGUAACUGAGCUCUCCAACACUCACCCUGAAAUGAGCGAACUUAAUUUCAACCAAUUGUUCUAUUUUAACGACUGACCUAAACUGUACUUUUUCUAGCAAGAAAUGCUUUCUCUCUGCAGAGUGAAGCGAUUUAAAAGUACUGGGUGUUGAAUGUGAGCUUCUAGUGAAGCUUGGGCUGAAAGCAUGGCUAGAAGACGACUAUGACAAUCUCUCCCGUGACCUGGUCUCUGAGGACCCAGGUCCCUCUCUCCACUGAGACUCUUCGGGGACCAGUCGCAAUGCGCUGCACCCGCUGCAGAGCCGGUGCGCUGGACGGUGAAGGAGCCACGUCCGGACAGACAGACAGCGUAGAGCAGCUCUGACAAAGGCUUUAGUUUUCUUAUGUAAAGCAUCUUUUUAUAUCUGUAAACAUGUUUAAAGAAUGGACCUAGGCGUACAUUUGUAGAUUUUGAUGACAUAGCCAUUUUGGAUUGUAUAAGCAGCAAAUGUAACUUUUACUUUUCCAGGAGCACAUUACAAAAGCCAGCAAGAGAUGCGUUCAGAUCACAGUGCGUUAUUUAUUAUGCAGUGAUGUCUCAGUAGACAGAGACGGCAUGUCUCUUUACAUGUGGGCUCCACCUUUAAUUUACUUGUACAAUUCAUUGUUACCAUUCUGUUUUUCUACUAAUCUUUGGUGAACUUCCUGAAUAUGUGACAAAGUACGUACAGUCUACUUUUGAACUAUUUUUAUCACAGUAUUAUUUAUUGCUUUCUUUCAAUAAAGUACUGAAGGAAAAUUUC